UGAAAUUACGAAGAUGCCCCUUGUGUAGUACAAAUACCCUGGUCUUCUCUAGAUUUUAGGGUUCUUGCCGAACCCCCUCAAACCUUCUUUCUUCCUGUUCGUCGCUCCAAAGUCUUCCAAUUUAUACAUGUGUAAUGCAUCAUCUUGAUUCGUAAUUCCUUGUUCCAUAUGCUUCUUCAAUCCGCACUCCAAACCCUAGCAAAAUCUCAUGAUGCAGAUUUUGAAUUCAGACGAAACAGUAGCUGUUCCAAGUGAUAACCAGGAUUGCAGCACCGCCCCAACCGAAAAUAUUGAAGAAGAAUUGGAGGAGGAGAACUCAAAUAUUGAGUCAGCAAUUGAUGCUUCCGGCAAGACUUUGGAUCUUCAGCUUUUCGAUGAGAAGAGGAUUAGUGAUGGGGAUAAUGCUUCGAUUGAGGGUUUAUACGUGUACAAGAAUAUGUUCAAUUUGAUUCCUCGAUCGGUAGGGGGUUUGGUUAAGUUAAAAACCCUUAAAUUCUUUGGAAACGAGGUCAAUUUGUUUCCUUCGGAAUUUGGGAACUUGGUUAACCUCGAAAGAUUGCAAGUGAAGAUAUCUUUGCCAGGGUUGACGGGUUUACCUUUGCAAAAAUUAAAGGCCUUGAAGGAGCUAGAGCUUAGUAAGGCCCCUCCCAGGCCUUCAGCGUUUCCAUUACUGGCCGACAUCAUGGGACUUGAAUGCUUGACGAAGCUAUCCGUCUGUCACUUUUCUAUACGAUAUUUGCCUCCAGAAAUUGGCUGUCUUACUUGUUUGGAGUACCUAGAUCUCUCACACAAUAAAAUGAGAAAUUUACCCACAGAAAUAACUAAUUUGAGUUCCUUGAUAACAUUAAAAGUCGCUAAUAAUAAAUUGAUUCAAGUACCUUCAGCCUUGUCAUCUCUCCAAAGAUUAGAGAGCUUGGACCUUUCAAACAACAGGUUGACAUCCUUGGGGUCUCUUGAACUUGACACAAUGCAUAACCUUCGGAGACUAAAUCUGCAGUGCAAUAAGCUUCUAAGUUUUCCUCAAAUACCUCUGUGGAUAAGCUGUGUUCUAGAGGGGAAUGAUGAAGACAUGACCAAUGGUGAAUUCAUGAGUUCGUCUGUGGAGAUGGAUGUAUUUGAAACUGCUGUCACAGACCUUCAUGGUGAUAUAAUUAAUGGCUCUCCUGCCUCCUUGUCGAGUCAUGUAACCGGGUGCUCGUCAAAUAGAUGUUUUGCAGCAAGAAAGCCUAGAAAGGGGUGGAAACGGCGUUACUAUUUGCAGCAGAGAGCUCGCCAAGAGCGUUUAAACUGCAGUAGGAAGUGGAAGGGCGAAGAUUCUGCCCAUAUUACGACUCAAAAUGCAACUGCAAAUUGUGAAUCCUGCAAUGCUAUUGUCCCAUCUGAAUCCCUUGUCGAAGGUUCAUCAGUCAAUGUUGGUGAUGAUGAGGAUAACAAAGAAUUGCUUGCUGCGGAUGGUGAGAGUGGGAAUUCACUUGGUGCUUUCAGAAAGGAUAUUAGUUCGGAACAGGUUGAUGCACAUAGCUGUGGAUGUGUUGCACUUCAGUCUGUUGACAGCAAAGAGAUUGAAGAUGAUUGUAGCAAGGAUGAUGAUGCAUUGGGUUCUCCUACAGAGGUGAGUCAGGCACAGGAUGAGCACUUGUUGGUCGAUAAUUCUUGUGGUAAUACACAGUCAAAGAGACAUUCUGAGAAGGAUCUUGAUAACCCUAAACCCAGAAAGUCAAGGAGACCAACGGACAGACACUUAGAUCUGUCCACUAAAUAUAGUACAACGUCAUUCUGUAGCAUUGAGGACCAUCUGCCAGAUGGAUUUUAUGAUGCAGGACGAGAUCGUCCUUUCUUGCCUCUCAGUAGUUAUGAGAAAAACUUGCAUCUUGGCUCACGUGAAGUUAUUGUCAUGGAUAGGGAAAGAGAUGAAGAGUUGGAUGCCGUAACACUUUGUGCUCAACAAUUAUUGUUCCAUUUAAAUCAGAUCUAUGGUUCCACCAAGGAUGCUGGGGACAUUUUACUUGAUAAGUUACAGAUUGCCUCCUUGCUUGCUCUGUUUGUGUCUGAUCACUUUGGAGGGAGUGACAGGAGCACAAUGGUUGAUAGGGCGCGAAAGUCUGUAUCUGGAUCAAACUAUAACAAGCCAUUUGUCUGCACAUGUCCAACUGGGAACAAUGACAAUAUAAUGAAAUCUGCAAAACAGAGUCUAAACUCCGCAGAGGAUGCUGUCCUUCUUAGCCUGUGUGAAAAAUCUCUUCGGUUGGUAAAAGCAAGGAGAAAUUCAAUUGUUGUCCCUAUUGGGACUCUACAAUUUGGUGUUUGUAGACAUAGAGCAUUGCUCAUGAAGUACCUUUGUGAUCGAAUGGAGCCCCAAGUACCAUGUGAACUUGUGAGAGGAUAUUUGGAUUUUGCUCCUCAUGCUUGGAAUGUAGUUGUUGUCAAGAGGGGUGAUUCAGAGGUUCGGAUGGUAGUGGAUGCAUGCCGUCCUCAUGAUAUAAGGGAAGAGAUGGACCCAGAAUAUUUCUACAGGUACAUCCCCCUCAGUCGGAUCAAUGGUCCUCCAAUUACUGAUGCGAGCCCUGAUGUGCACAAUUCUUUUCCUUCCCUUUCUGCAUGUGAGGAAAUUGAGGAAGGAGGUUUGACAACCCUUAUCCAGUGCAACCUUGGAUCGGUUGAGGCUGUUGCUAAGGUGCGCACAUUGGAAGUGAGUGAGAGCUCUGCAGACGAAAUUAAGAAUUUUGAAUUUAACUGCUUAGGGGAGGUGAGGCUUCUGAGCGUUUUGAAGCACCCUUGCAUCGUAAAAAUUCUAGGCCAUCAAAUAUCUACCAAGUGGCUACCAUCUCAAGAUGGAAUACCAAAGCAUCGUAUAUUGCAGUCCGCCAUUUUUAUGGAACAUGUAAAAGGGGGAUCAUUAAAGCUCUAUAUAGAAAAGCUUGCAAGAUCUGGUGAAAAGCAUGUUCCUGUGGAAUUGGCUUUGCAAAUUGCUCGAGAUGUUGCUUGGGCGUUAUCUGAGCUCCAUUCAAAAGAUAUAAUGCAUCGUGACUUGAAGAGUGGAAAUAUCGUGAUUGAUCUGGAUGAGAAAUCUGAUGGAGCACCUGUUGUGAAGCUUUGUGAUUUUGAUAGAGCAGUUCCCUUGCGUUCUAGCUUGCAUACAUGCUGUAUCGGCCAUGUGGGGAUACCUCCACCUGAUGUCUGCGUUGGAACACCUCGUUGGAUGGCCCCUGAGGUCUACCGGACAAUUCAUGAUCGACGUUUAUAUGGACUGGAAGUAGAUUUAUGGUCCUUCGGAUGCCUACUUUUGGAAUUAUUGACUUUGCAAGUGCCGUACGUGGGGUUGCCAGAGUCCCAAAUCCAUGACCUCCUUUUGAUGGGGAAACGGCCGGUGCUGACGGAUGAACUAGAGGGGUUAGGUCCAGCGGAAGAUAGUGAAGAGGUGCAACAGAAUGCAGAAUACAAAAAGAACAAAAAGUUGAGAUUUUUAAUUGAUAUAUAUCGGCAGUGUACCAAGGAGGAUCCAAGCGACCGCCCAACAGCCAAUGAAGUUUACCAAAUGCUGGUCGACUUUGACAAGUAGUAUAAGUCUUAUUGGUUGCUAAUUGUGGAUAUCCUCUGUAUGAGAAUUAGUUGCUUAUAUUUCUUCCCAGGGUAUUACUAUUACAGCCCAGGUGAGGUGAAGUCAUUUAUGGAUCACAUUUACUUCUGUUUGGCAAAUUCUUAGCUGUCUAUUUAACACGAUGAACCCCCUGUGUGGCUGCGACUGGCCUAAUGUAUUCAUUUGGUC